GUAGGGGCGGAGGAGGAAGAGUGUGUGUGGGCCAUAGUGUGGGCAGAUCAAGACCACGCUCCGCCCAUUGAGGAAAAACACCUCAACCUCCCCGUGGCUCCACCCAGGUACACGUGGCUUGGUGACGUGAGUGAACAACAUCGGCAGACCAGUGUAGGAUUUGUUGAUGUGAUGGGUAGGUCAUGCAGGCCGCCUGGUGUGUGAUAACGUAGGCUAGGUUAUAGGUCUUGUAGGCUAUAAAUAACACGAAGUUUACUGAAAGAAAUACAUAUAACACUUAUUAAUGUAUAAUGAAAUAUUAAAUAAAGUGUCUAGUGUCGGUGUUAAAUAAUAAAGAAAAUAAAUGGAAAAGUAUUUGGUAUUCUAUUUUAUUUAGUCUUCUGGUUAAAAAAAUAAUAAAAGAUUAAAAUAAAAGGAAAAAAUAAUCUCACACGACACAGAAGGGAAGGAAAAAAAGUGACAGAACUCAAUAAUGUGUAGAAAAAAGUGUGAUAAUUGAGAGAGAGAGAGAGAGAGAGAGAGAGAGAGAAAGAGAGAGAAAGAGAGAAAAAGAGAGAGAGAGAGCCAGCCAUGACGGUUCAAGUGGAGGAAAUUGAUAGACUAAUAUCGAAUAAAGUGACGGAGAAUUCCACCACCACCAUCAGCACCGCCCUCCAGAAUGACGCUACUACCACCACCACCAGCACCAGCAGCAACGCCACCCUUAGCACCACCACCCACGCCUCCGUUAGUCUACCUCCGACCUUAACACUGGAUAGAAAGUCUGACCUCAGGAAAUCUCUCGUGUUUAUCGUGGCUUACCUGUUGUUGGAGAUCGGGAAACAACUGAGUAACUUCGGGUUGUCGAGAACCAACAGUGAGCAGUAUCCUGUGCCCUCCUCACUGCUCGUCUUCCUCACUGAACUCACAAAACUCACACUCGUCCUCUCAUGGGCAGCGGUAACAAGAGAGCCGGUCAGGAGGUGGCAGCCUAGCCUAAGAUUCAGUGGACCAGCUGUGUGUUACCUGUUGACUAAUUUACUCUACCUGGCCGCUCUCACCUAUGUUACUCCUCCUCUAUGGAUGAUUCUAAUACAAACUCGUACUCUCUAUACUGCCAUAAUAUAUCUGGUUGUGUUUGGGAGGAGGGUGACUUGUGUACAGGUGGUAGGGUGUAUGUUGGUGGUGGGCAGUAUACCUUUAGCCAAGAUCUCAGAGGUACAAGCAGGUCAUACCUCCCUGACCUCCCCUGUGAUCCUCCUGUCGCAGGUGUGUGCCUUCCUCUCCACCAUCGCCUCCGUCGCCGUUGAGAUUUUGUUGAAGAACGACGAGAGGAGCUUCUGUGAACAGCAGGUCUGGUUGUAUGUGUGGGGAUGUCUCCUAGGGGCCGUUGCGCUACCUGUCCAAGUUGACCUGACCUCUCUCACUCCAUUAUUACAGAGCGUGUUGGAGAGUCGCUUCUUGGCCCAUCAGAUUAUAUUGGCCGUAACUUCAUCAGCGUUGGCAGGUCUCUGUGUGCCCUUCAUCGUCAGGAACCUGGAUAGUAUAGCCAAGGACUAUCUGGCAGCAUUAAACAACUUACUCCUCUCGGUGGUGAUGGCGUUGGUGUUCCCAGUUCACUUCACCCUCAGCUGGCUCUAUCUCCUCUCCCUCGCCUUCCUCCUGCUGGGGAUAUGGCUCUAUGAAAGGAAGGUCACCAGCUGCCAUCUCUAGGGGGGACUGUCUGCCAACUCUGUAUAAGCCAUAUCUACCCAUAAGUGAUGAUGACCAGAAAACUUAAACAUGACAUAGGAAUAAAGAAAGGAAUAUAUAAGAAAUUAAAGGGAGGGGAGGA